GUUUCUGUGAAGUUCUGUGAAGCCCUGAGGUAAUGAGUCUUAAUCCUUCCCUGGAUGCCAAAGUGAUGAAUCUGUUGUCAGUGUGAUUACACACCAUUAAUGCAGUGCUAGGGCUGAACGCCAUCCUAAUUCUCUGACCCAGAGCCUGGAUGUGAUGCUGAGUGCAUAUGAGCAGGUGCGAGAUCAAGCGCCCUCCUCAGCACCAAAGAUACAUCUCUGUUAUGCUAGGGACUGAUUGUAGCUAUUCAUAUCUUAGUCUUCGUGUGCAUGUGUAUAUUUGUUAAAUUUGUUCGUGUUAGGACAGGCAUGUGUGUGGACCAUGGUAAGUUUGUGGAAGUCAGAGGACAACCUCAGCUGUGAGUCCACACUUUUUACUUUGUUUAAGACAGGGUCUCCUUGUUCACCACUCUGUCCUCCUAAGCAUCUGGUCCUCAAGUCCUAGGGAGUCUCCUGUCUGAUUCCCAUCUUACCAUAGAAACACUGGAAUCUCAUGUGUGUGUCACCAGCACCCAGCUUUACAGGAGUUCUGGGGAUUUGAACUCAGGUCCCUGUGCUUGUCCAUAAGUGGUUUACCCACUGAUCAAUGUUCCAAGCCCAUACCUUGGUUUUCAAUACCAAAUGACUAUGACAUUAUAGGAAAUAGAGAUAGAUAGAUAGAUAGAUAGAUAGAUAGAUAGAUAGAGAUAGAGAUAGAGAUAGAGAUAGAGAUAGAGAUAGAGAUAGAGAUAGAGAUAGAGAUAGAGAUAGAGAUAUCAUCACUCUUUUAAUGUUGAGGUCUUAUAAAGUAUACACGUCAAUCUUAAGUCAUAGGGGCAAGGCUGGCUUUUUCUUAAAUAAUGAAGCUCUCAUGUCUAGUAGCAGUGUGUUUACAUAGUUCACCAGGGUUUCCCCUCACUUCUGCUUUUGUAUGGAAAAGAGGCAUCAGAGUCAAAUGUACAAUGAAAGCCUGGGCAAAAAAUGGCAUGAGACUCCUCUGUGACAGGUAAAGUGGCAAGGAAAGGUGACACAUGAGGAGAAAUGUAAACCUCGCAGGCUCAGAGGAAACACCACAGCUUUUGAGCAGAAAUGAAGAUGGAUGUGCACGUGACCCACAGGGGAAUUCAGGACUCCGUCUUGGGUUAUAAAUAGUAGCUGCCACCUUUUAUCACAUUCUUAAAAUAGUCCCGAGCAUUAACAGAGAAGAACAGACAAUUGAGGUGUAUCGUGACAGAUUUUGUCAAUGAAAAUAAUUAACCUUCAACACAAGAAGAGGAGAAGAGAGAGUGGGAGGAGCUGUGAAGGCUAGAGCUGGGAACACGGGAGCAAGAGAUGGAUGCUGCUCUAAGGUCUCCAUGGACACGUGCGUGAACCAUGAUGGGGGAUGGGAGUCAGUCAUAGGAACAACAUGGUCAUACGACAGAUGUUGGCACAGCCCUCACUGCAGGCAGCAUGCUGAGCUACACUAUGCAUAUGAGUUGAAUGAAGAAUCGUCCAUCCUUACCUUUCUGGGGAUUAUUGCCUAGGAAGUGAUUAUGCCUCUCUUGCAGGGCACUGGGAGGUUUGGUCAGAGGUCAGGAGGAGACAUUUGAGUGAUUUGGAAGAGCCUCAGGGAAGGAGCCAUAUUUGAUAUGAGUCUUAUGAGAAGAGUAAGGUUGCAGCAGAUACAGCAAUGAAUAAAGAAAAUGGGACAGUUAUUGACAAUAAAUAUAGAUUCAGUCCCUAGAUGCGUUUUUGUGCAGCAGGCUUUUACUGAUUCUUCUAGAUUUGAAAAACGUUUUAAAAUCAUUAAUCAGAGGAAGAAAAAUGGAAUCUAAACUUUCCCUAGGAGGUUAAGAGUUCCAAAGAAUUCUCAACUCAACUCACAAGCAACCAGGCAAAGUCAUCGUUGCUGCAGGUGCAAACUAGUUUGCAAAGGAAAAAAAGGUGCACUGCCAGGAGACUCCUUGAGCAGCAUCCUUUAUGUCUUCCAGUGCCACCCCAGCCAUCCUCAGCUUCUUGGUGCCAUAACAAAACACCAAAGGGAGAGGGUCGAUUUGAGAGGUUUCACUCCAUGGUCCAUUGUCCUCAUUGUUUGAGUCAGGAUAGCAGGUCUUGGGUGGUAUGUCAGGUCUUAGGAGGUAUGGCAGAUCUUAGAGGUAUGGCAUGUCUUAGGCGGUAUAGCAGAACAUUAUAGGGGACAGAGCCUAAGGAAGGUCUAUCAUAUAAAACAAAGGAGACAAUUUUAAAGCUAGAAGGCUCCUUAGAGAUCUUAGCAACAUUGUUAAUGCUUUCAGUGCUACAUGCCAGGAUCCCAAGGCCCUUAUCAUGAUGGUACUGGGUGAUUUUAGACUGAGCCACAAUUAAGCAGACCUGAGACCAUGUCCUGGGAUGUAGCUUAGUUGUAGAACACUUACUUAGCAUACACAAAUCCCUGGGUUUGGUCCCUGGCACUACAUAAACUGAACAUGGUGGUCCACCCUAUAAUCCCAGGCACUCAAGAGUUAGGAACAGGAGGAUUAGACGUUCAAGAUCAUCUUGGACUACAUGAGAUCCUGCUUCAAAACAACAAAAUGGGAACUAAAGAACGGGCUGGAGAGAUGUCUCGGUAACAUGUAAUUGCUGCUCUUCCAGAGGAUUCAGGCUCAACUCCCAGAACCGUCAUGGCAGCUUACAGCUGUCCUUAUCUCCAGUUCCAGGGGCUCCGAUGUUUUUUUCUGGCCUCUACUGUCAGUGGAUACAUGUGAUAAAUAUAUACAUUCAUACAUACAUACAUACAUACAUACAUACAUACAUACAUACAUACAGGCUAAACACUAUGCACACAAAACAGAAAAAUGUUAAAAUAAAAAGCAAAACACAAACAAAAAUCAGGGGUCAUUGUCCAAGUUGAAGUAAGACUGUGGCUUAGAGCAUCUCAAACAUAGAAAAGCUGGAACUGAUAAAACUGAGGUCCAAAGUCAUUAACUCUUAAAUUUUACAUUGGACUUGAGUAGGCACUGAUCAGGACCCUGUUGAUGGGCUGUAAAGUCCCUCGAUUGAUUGUCUCUUCUUUUGAUAGAAAGCUGUGAGUGGGAGGUGCUGUGAUUUGCCCUGGGUCAUUCAUUUGUGGGUAUCUGCUCUUGUGCUAAACUCUACCUCUAGUGGGUAGGAUAUAGCUCAGAUAGACUGCUUAAUCAGAAGGCACAAAACCCUAGCUUCUAUUCCCUACACCAAUAGACCAGAUGUGACCAGAGGCAGUAUUAUCCUAUCUCCAAUAGAUAGAUAGAUAGAUAGAUAGAUAGAUAGAUAGAUAGAUAGAUAGAUGGAUGGAUGGAUAGAGAGAGAGAAAGAGAGAGAGAGAGAGAGAGAGAGAGAGAGAGAGAGAGAGAGAAUCCAGGUCCAGGCUCCCACUGUAGAUGUUUCUCCAAUUCUUUGAGCUCUUUAGGGUCAGGCAAGAGAAGCUGACUCCUACUUAGUGAGAUACUAAGUAGGAUUUAUGAUUGGGUACAUGAGUGGUUGGAGCAAGGAAGAAGUUACAACCUAGAGGGAAAACACUUACAGCCCCAAUCUCAAAUCCAAUUCAUUUGUUAAAAUAAUUAGUGUGUGCACAUACACAGAGCAAAUACAUAAGCACACUCAGGCACACACACACAUGCACACAGGCACACACACAGAGGUAUACGCAUACAUAAGCACACACACACAUGCACACAGGCACACAGAGGUAUAUACAUACAUAAGCACACACAUGCAGUCAUGUACACACAUGCACACAGGCACACACACACACACACACACACACACACACAGAGAGAGAGAGAGAGAGAGAGAAAGAAAGAGAUUACUUGUUUGAUGCUUGUUGAAUCCUACAGGCUCUAAAGAGGUCCAAAAAGAAUCAAAACACAGUUUUUAUUACUUCCAGAAACUUCUAGGAACAUUGUAAGAAAACUUUCUUAUGAUUCAAGUUCCCCAUUCAGGGUAAUUCCACUAAAUUCCCAACCUGAAGAACAGGAAGAUGUACUUUUUGCUUGCUCGAGGGUUGACAUAAGAUGUUUCGAUUCAAUCCCUCCCUUAAUUGUAUAACCUUGUGGCACUCAGAGGAAGGCUCUGACUCGUCUGGCACUGUCCAACCUCUGUCGAGCCAGCCUGCCCCGUGGCAGGUGCUCCCAUCUGCCAGGCAGAGCAAAUGAGCAGUCUAGACUCAUUAUCUCAGCCCCAGAGUCUCUGAGCGUGAGCUUGGAGCUCACAAAAAAAAAAAAAAAAAAAAAAAAAAAAAUACAAAAUCAGAAGGCGGCAUGAACGGUUCAUGCCGUAGCCUGACCAGUCCAGGCUGGGGGUCUUACAAGAAGCAGAGAAAAGCUACCUUGCAUGUGGCUGUGGCACAUUUUAAUUCACUUCACUCAGCUGUCUCUAUUCCUGUUCCCUCUGGCUUAUUGGCGGCUGACACAGAAGCUCAGAGCAACAGCAUAGCUUCCUUCCUGUGUAAAUAGAGAGAAUGGGGUGCUACAUUUCCGGGGUUACCUGGAACAAGAAGUGCACACCUUUGGCUCAGGGAACUCUACAAGUCUGCUCUAUUAAUAAAAAUUGGAGUUAAUCCCCAUCAGUUUUCACUGGGGGUUACUGCAGACCAGAGUGGCCAUCCUCUAUCGCACCCCACCCCACCCCCCAAGCAUCGCUACGCUGGCUGGCUGGCUGGUGUGGGAGUGCCAUCCAGAAAGAGCUCAAACAGGAAGGUGGUUUUUUUUUUUUUUUUGGUUUUUUUUCUUCACACCUGGGUGGUUAAAAUUGAGCAGGCCUUUUCUGUGUGCUAGGACUGUUCUGAGAGAGAACUGCCCUGGUAGAGACUUUUCCUCAUUGGUUGCCACAUCUAAAUGGGGGCCCCAUUUUACCUAUGAGACGAUGGUUCAAGUGGCUUUUCUAGGGGUACAUAGCUAAUGUGAAGGGAAGAGGUGAGAACCCCAGACUUUGAGAUUUUAGGAUAGGUUUUCUUGACCUCCGUGGACUCCAGGAGGGCAAUGUACGCUUUUAAAGUUUCUAUGGCUAAUUGAAGCAUGCUGAGUCAGGAAAGUAGGCAGUAAAGAGAGGUGGCUGUGGUGUGACACUGUCCUAGAGGGGUUCUGUUGCCUGGAAAGUUCAGAGGGACAGCACGUAAGGCUAGCUACAAAAACAGCUCUGCCAGCUCCUGCAGUCACAUUUACCCACCUAUCGGCAUCUGGGUCUUGAAUUCCCUAUCCCACUGCAACGGACAGUGCUUUGCCUGCGGUGUGUGCCCCCUCUGAAUGUGUGCCGCAUCGUAAGCCCAUCCAUAGUGUUAGCCUUCAUUUCCUACGCUGACACGGACUCCUCCAUUUCACAAGAGUGCAAUCUGUUGCGGCCAAAGCCUGAUGUAUACCUGCAGAGAAAGCUGAUAGUGCACUCUAAACAGAUGUCUUGCUAUCGAAAGUAGAGAAACUCAUUAAACCCUCAGCGCCCAUAGUGGAUAGAUGUGAUCGCGUUAACUGUCAACGUUAGAGAAUCUGCAGUCACUUAGAAGAGAAGCUUAAAGCAGACCCAUGAGGGUUGUUUGGGUUAGCCAGUGGGCAUGCUUGUAAAGGACGACCUUGCUUAGGUUAAUGGGGCGACAAGAUUUACCCUAAAGGAAGAUGGCACCACCCUGCACUUGGGUCCUGGAAGACAUAGAAAGGAGAAUAUGAGCUGAGUAAACGUAGCCACUGCUCUCUGCUUCCAGACAACAGAUACAAUGUGACCAACUGCCUUGGCAUCCCUGACAAUGGACUGUACCCUAAACCCUCCCUCCCUCCCUUAAAUUGCCUUUGUCUGGCUGUUUCAUAACAGCAACAGAAACGGUAACUAAGACCACGCGUGAGCCUUCUAAAACCCAAAACCCCAUCCUUUAGUGUCCGGAAGGCCUGCCUGCCCUCUGAUACCUUCCAUCCCCAUCUUAGGGUUCUAGCCACUGCCUGUCUUCUAACCCCUGCAAUAUGUCUGUAGUCUAAGCUUGCAGGGUGUCUCCCUACUGACUACCACACACAGAGCAGUCUCUCUGUCCCAGGACACAUGCGCUAUCUUACUAAAACCAGUUGCUGGCACAGUUCAUGACCGACUGCCUUCCCACCAUCCUGGCCUCCUAGCUGUCUCUGUCAGACCGUUUCCCUUCCCUACCUCGGACUCCACAGCCAUCAUUUUUUCUCCCUUCACACAUGUCCUUCGUUCCCUUGCCCUUGCUACACUCAUUUGGCAAAAUCCCAGUCCUGGUUGAAGUUAACUGCCCAGUCCCCUUGCCCUCAAGCCCAUGAGGUUAAUACAGCUGGCGAGAUGUGUACAGUGGAAGUUACUUUUCUUUUUCUUCAUAAACAUACACCUCAGUGAGCCUAAGAGCAAGCAUGAUACAUCUCCUAGUCUACUGCAGAAUGCAACGUCCCUUUCCUCUCUGUUUCUCAUGCCCCAUCCUCCUCCUCAGCUGACCUUAUGUCUGAUUUCACUCGGGGGAAGGGUGGAGAAGCAACUGUGUAAGGAAUUCCUCACUUUCUCCCCUACCAGCUGCUGUGCCAGCCCUCACACAUCCACCUACAGCAGCCCACAGUGCUCUACCACAGUUGAACUGUCUUUCGCCUUAUGGCCUUCAGCUGUAGCCCAAUGGCAGAACCACAGUCUCCAGUCUUUCAGAGCCUCCUCUGGAUGCCACUUGUCUACCAGAACCACGCCCUCUUUCUGCAUGUCUACCUGUGUGCUCUGGACUCUCUUCCCGAUCUACGUCAGUCAGCCCUCACCCCACAGCAAGCACCUGAGAGAAAUGGUUUGCAAGCCAGAAAGGUUCAUUUUGUCUCUUGGCUUCAGAGGUGUGGCUUCCAGGAAGGCUGGAUUUGAUGUUGCAUGAGGUGAGGCAGGAUGGCCUUGUGGCAAGAAUGCAGAACAAAGGCUGUUUAUCUCCAGGCAAUCAGGACACAGAGGGAACACAGGAAUGGGUGGGACACCUUAUAGCCUAGGGAGACAUACUGCUGUAAUAGGGCAGGAAAUUUUAUUGUUAUUAUCUUUGGCUUAGUGUGUCUGCUAAACACAGGUAUUCAGUAAAAAAUUUUGCUAAAUAUUGAAUGAAAAACGUAAUUUUAAAAUAUUUUUGAUUCAUUUUAUUCACUCACCUCCAUGUCCUAUAGCAAAGUUUUUCAGCCUUUUAAAACACAAUGGGCCUUUUAAUAAACUCAUUUGAAAGCCUUGUAUAUUUAAAUUGCACAAUAGCAACAGCAGCCAACACAUUCAGGACCCGAUGAUGUUCUAAUAAUGGAGUUUAUCCCUCAGCUUGAACAAAGGCAGGUACCAGGUGUUGUCAUGACUCUGAGGGCACUCCAAGGACACCAGGGUGGAAUUCAGUUCAAAAGGAUGGGUUGCCAGAUUUCCAACUGGGCUCGAUUUCUGUAUGUGUCAGGACUUCUGACACACCUGCUUGGAGUGGGCUCAGGACAAAGCCAAGCAAGGACAGGCAUGGACAAGGAAAGGGGGUAAGUCAUCUCUGGGCAUAGUUCCAUUAUUUAACAUUCACGAAAGUUUGCUUUGACAAAUACAUGGAAUCUCUGAUCAGUGUUCACGCGUUUUCCUGGAAAAGCAUAUCUAAGAGAGAAAUUCUGCUGUGUUCUGCUGACUGCUUCUGAGAACAAAAGAAGAAACUCUGCUCUAGGAAUAGACAAUCAACAACCAAAGUCAGAGAACAAGUCAGAGGGUCCAGGACAUCACUGCACCACAAGCUUCAAGUACAGAUGAGAAAGAGGCUCAGAUUCCUGUCAGACUGAUAGGAGCACCUAUGCUUUAUGUAAUCUGUCCACAUAGAAUAACAAUAGUGCAUUGACUACUUACGUAGCCAUGGAUUCUGCGGUGGGGCCGUUAGGUACUUGCAUGUCCUAUAAGUACCUAAGGCACAUUACCAUCAUUCUAACACUAAGAACACUGAGAACACUGAAACCCAGAAAGACCACAGUGAGCUCAGAACUCCAAGUCAAGUCUCUUGACACUGUGUUGAUCCUCUUGUAUGAGGAUGAAGCACCUAAUCGUAAGCAUGCAGCUUGGAAAGGAGAAUGGGUUGGGGUUAGCAACUGAGCAUCACUAACAGGUACAGGCUCCAACACAGAACUGAAGGCCACUCAGGACACAUGUCCAGCUCCAAAAUAUGGACACAAUCCGUGAUACAAGUCUCAAGACCUUGACUGGACGGUACCUCCAACAAAGCCUUCAAGCCAACUUGAGUAUUUCAGCCAAGUCCUGGCAGAAGAAAAGGAGACAGACACAUGGAAUUCAUUUGCACAGAGAAAGAAAACAUCCUGGCACUGAGAACUAUCUCCUUUCUUCAUACAAUCCAAGUCUGCCUCCAUACCCUGCCUAGCUAUUCACCAUUAUCCUCCACCUCCCUGCCCAGGUCCACCUCAGCACCUGGAGCAGAACCGACCUGCUGUAAUGGCUUGAGUCCUGCCCUCUUCUUCCUCCCCAGCGUGCUACUCAGGGCCAUGUUCAAAGUUUAUAUCAGUUCCUGGAAUGCAUAAGCCCAGAAUAGGCAGAAACUAAGCCAUGUGACAAUAUGCUCUCAUUGCUAAUGUCCUUAAAGAAACCCCAACACCUGACUGACUCACUGACCCAAGGUGGCAAAGUCAAAACACACACUACACCAUUUUUGUCUGUGUUGUUUGACACUCACUUACUCCUAACAUUUCCUUGGUUAUAAACCAACUUCAGCACAUUGGAAUCCUCACAGGACCAUAGGAGGCAGAUCCUCCUACCCAAGUCAAAGGGACCCCCAUGUCACACAAGGAUAUGCUGGUUCUGAGAAAGUAAUUGUGCUCAGUAUUGAGCAUACCUCCUCACACUGGGCAAGCGCUCUCUUCUAAACUAUGUUCCUAGCUCUCUUUUAUUUCUCCUUGAGAGACAGCCUCACGAAGUGUACAAACUGGAAUUUGCUCUAGCCUAAGUUAGUCUCCUACCCGUGGUCCUGCCUCCAUCUCCCAAAUAACUGGGAUUACAGAGCUGAGUUCCCAGUCCCUGAAAGAGAUAAAUUCUCUUUAGCCUAGCUUUCCUCGUGUGGUAACUUUUUCCAAUUCUGUCUUCAGAGCUAUGGGAAUGGUUCUGUGUGUGUCUACAAGUCACAGAGCCCUCUGAAUCUUGAAUUUCUGUCUGUUUCAUUGCUGUUUGGUAAAUGGCAUUGCUAAGAAAACUCUGGAAGCCAUGAGAGGACAUUUACAUGAAUAACAACUCUAGGGUCUGAACAAAGAAUGAACUGAGGGACAAGGACAAUGGACAGGCAAAGAGAUGCGACCAGGAGGGAAUGUAUGACACACAAAAGACCCUCCUUCCCUUUGCUGUCUUUCAUGAGCUCCUCCUGACACACUUCCAACCUGGAGUUUGUGUCAGAGCUGAGUGAACUGUACCUCAUCAGAAGACAGAAAAGACAUCCAAGUAGGAAGAAGGUAGUUGAAGGGAGAGGCUCUGCCGUGUUGAUCACAUCCAGACAUCUUUUGUUUGACCUCCAGACUUAUAAAAAUGUUUGAUCAGAAGGGAUAUUGAUUACCCUGGGAAGCAUUCGUACAUGCUAGUCAUCUCCUUUGUGAUGUAGUCCAGAACCAGCAACCCUGAGGGUCACCGGUUCCUGGAGAGUUAGACCUUGUCCCUUCAAGGAGCUUCUGGUUGCUGGGUGGUAGUGGUGCAUGUCUUUAAUUCCAGCACUCAGAAGGCAAAGGUGGGCAGAUCUCUGUGAGUUUGAGACCAGCCUGAUCUACAGAGUGAGUUCCAGGACAGCCAAAGCCAAGGCUACACAGAGAAGAGAGGAAGAAGAGGAGGAGGGGGCAGAGGAGGAAGAAAGGGAGGAGGGGGAGGAAGGAGGAGGAAGGAGAAGGAGGAGGAGGAAAAGACGGGCUGACAAAUGCGCAUUCUCAGAUCCUUAUGUGUUAAGAUCCUUUGAGAAAGAUAUCUUGGCUUAACAUGGGAAUCGACAGCAACCUGACUUCCCUUACUGGGAUUGAUUUAAGAGCACAAUAGACUUUUCUUGAUUUUCGUUCUAAAAUAAAUUCCCCCUUGAUUCUCUCUCACAGUUCCCACAAAUCUUGGUAGUUGUUUGUUUUUUGUUUUUUGUUUUUUUUUUUUUUUUCAUUUAUUAACUGGCUCCAGAAGAUCACCAGCCGCAUUAGCACAUAUUACUAGUGUAAUAUACUAUUAUUAAGUAAAGGCUCAACUUAUACCAGGAAAAUGACUGACUAUUAAAGUUUUUAGAAACUACAUACUCAUAUUAAGGUCUCUUGGAUGAAAAAGGAAGUUAUACCCUACUUUUAUUUCUGCCUUCUGCACCCUGCUUAACCUAUAAGGUGUCGGUUAAAGCAGAGAUGACCAAAAGUCAGGACAAGAACCCCAAGCACUUAUAGUGACCUGAGAUGGGAACACUCCAUAGGACAGUGGGCCAGCAAUUGGCCACUCCAGAGCUUCUAACAUUCAAGGACAUCACCUGCACCUCUUUCCCAAAAGACUUGAAUGAGAUGGAGUGGAGGUUUCAAAUGGCCCAUUCACAAGAUGCCCUGUCCUUGAGAGGCCUUCCAGUGGUUUCACGGGGCUUUUUGCCACGCGGCUGCAUGAGCAAAUGCACAGACUGAGCUUGGCAAGUAAGGAAGGGAGGAUAGGGCCUGCCCAGACAACAGGGUUGUUACCAGGCAGAUCCAGAGACCUUGAGAAGCCCUGGAGCAUCUCCUGCUGCACACAAAUUAGCAGCCAAUUGUUUCCAUUUUCUACCUUCAGUGGGAAUAAGGCUGCCUGCAGCAUUCCCAAUACCAGUAAUAUUACAGCAAAGCUUGUUGGGGAGAGAUAAGGUUAGAGAGCUGGCAGGGAGUGGGGCUGGGUCUCUUCCUUUAAUCUGACUCUACCUAUGUCUCCCUAAGGAUGAGCAAGGUCUCUUUAUGGCCCGUCUGGCUAAAGGCACACAUUUUCUUUUACACAUCCGACUGCUAUGAUGACAGCACCUACAACUCCCAGCAAGGCUUUCUGAAACCUGCAUGAGCUGUGGAGAGACAGAGAGAUGGAAAAAGUGCACUUGUGCCUGUAUCUGCACAUGGAGGCCAGAGGUCUUUCUGCCACUUCCCCAGGACUUCCACAGUGAGGAAAGGAGCUGCAGGACCAACAUCCUCUAAGAUGUUUAUAUGGACCAGUGGCCGGACCUCUUCAUCUUACAGACAGGACGAGAAAAGAAAUAUCUACCAGAAAAUCAGGGACCAUGACCUCCUGGACAAAAGGAAAACUGUGACAGCUCUGAAGGCUGGGGAGGACCGGGCCAUCCUGCUCGGCCUGGCCAUGAUGGUGUGCUCCAUCAUGAUGUACUUCCUGCUGGGAAUCACACUGCUGCGCUCCUACAUGCAGAGCGUGUGGACAGAAGAAGCCCAGUGUGCCCUGCUGAAUGUGUCAAUCACAGAAACGUUUAACUGUUCCUUCAGCUGUGGGCCCGACUGUUGGAAGCUCUCUCAGUACCCUUGCCUGCAGGUGUACGUGAACCUGACAUCUUCCGGGGAGAGGCUCCUCCUCUACCACACGGAAGAGACCAUGAAGAUCAAUCAAAAGUGCUCCUAUAUUCCUAAGUGUGGAAACAACUUUGAGGAGUCCAUGUCUCUCGUGAGUGUCGUCAUGGAAAACUUCAGGAGACACCAACACUUCCCCUGCUAUUCUGACCCAGAAGGAAACCAGAAGAGUGUCAUCCUGACCAAACUCUACAGCUCCAAUGUGCUGUUCCAUUCUCUCUUCUGGCCAACUUGUAUGAUGGCUGGGGGUGUGGCAAUCGUUGCUAUGGUGAAACUAACUCAGUACCUCUCCCUGCUUUGUGAGAGGAUCCAACGGAUCAACAGAUAAAAGAAAAAAAUCAUGGAUAAGAUAUUUUUCUUUAAAGCUCAAAUACUGUUUUAUUUCGUUCUUCACCAAAGAACCUUAAGUUUGUAAUGUGCAGUCUGUUAUGGGUUCCUUAAUUAUUCUAUGUAGAGCAAUAAUGCAAACGCUGUCCUAUAUGCAAACAUGAUGUCCUUAUUAUUCAGGAGAAUUAACUGUUCCUCAUUGGUUGGUUGUUUCAUUAUAUUGUUUUGAUGCUGGAACUAGUCUGUCGUCUUUCCACCAGAAUAGGGCUCAGCUACUCAUUGCUAAGUGUUGUGGGGCAUAGGGGCAUGGAGGCACUAUCCCCAAGACCAGGUCUCUGUUCUGAGUUUCCAGACUUCCUGAAGACAAGAUUUUUCUUCAUUUGUUGUUUACUGAAGCUACAGCCAAAAACACAUUUUUUUUCUUAUCCUAUAUUGAGCCCUGUAGCAAGUGAAGGAGUUGUUUCCUGACUAAAGGGUAUUAAACUUAUUAUUAUUAUUAUUAUUAUUUUUACCACAGCACUGUAAGGAAGGGGGGGAAACCUAGCCAGCAACUUUUCUUUCAUCACUUUUCAUUCACAACUUCAGAUUUUUGAAAAUAAUUAUCAACUCUCUAAUGUCUUCCGAUCAGAGUCCCUUUUCCAUCUAUGACCCUGCUACUGUGUGGGAGACAAAGCUGGUGAGAUCACUCCCAGUAAACUGACUGGGUGUUGGUAGGCAUGCCAUUGCAAUUUUGGAAAGUCUAUGUUACAAAGAUAUUUAUGGGAAAUCUUAAUUCCAUUUCCACUGGACUAUUAGAAUCAAAUAUUAAUAUACUAAGGACUGGUGAAUUGGUUGCAGUGGGUGAGUCUGUCAGGGCCAGCUAUCAUGUCAGAAUAUUACUCUUUGAGAAUUUAUGUUUCAGUAAACGAAUGUAUGUAGGGUCUCUCUUUCUGAAAAAAAAAAAAAACUGUUGCCUGUUGGGGUUUUAAAUCUAUGUGUGCAGAAUCUUUGUCUCCUCUACAUAUUUUAUUUUUCUACUCACUGUUCCCUUUUGGUUGUUAUAUUUUAUAUGCAGAAUAGACCUUUUUCCUAACACAUGUUUGAAAUGAAUAACAGGUUUGAGGGAAGCCUUUCUUCACAUUGAUGUUUACUCAUUCUAUUUGGUGGGGGGAGGGGAAAGGGGGUUGGUUUUAAAUAAAGACAUUCUGUCUUUUAUUUAAUAUUGAUAUCUAAGGGAGAAGACAAACAUCUAUCUUUCUCAUCUAUAUUUAAGUACCCUUUUGUAACAUAGUAUCGAUGUUUUUUAGGUAAUUGCAAAAUUUUACAAAUCAUUUGUGGAAUGAACGGUGAAACUUAUCUGAGGAAGCAGAAUAUUGUAAUUCAUAGUGUGACUUUUCAUAAGCAAAUAAAUCCCUAGGGUGUAAUCAGGACUUCAAAUGUGUAAUUAAAUUUUUUAAACCCAUUUGAUGGCAAGAUUUUAAUACUUCUUGCAUUCAGAUAAACCCAUGACUAUCCAAACAAUUCUAAUUUGUAUUCAAAGGUAUUUUAAGAGACUGUAAAGAAAAUCCCUUUUUCUGACACUUAAACAAUACAUGUUAUGUUGUAAACAUUUGGAAAACACCACAGAAAAUCAUUUAUUUUUAUUCCAUCUUUAAAAUGUAUUUGUCAAGAUAGAAGAAAAUCCUUUGGAACUAUAGGGUUGAAAUUUGCAAUCUUAAAUGUUCCCUGGGAUUCCCAUCAACUGAUGCAAGGAUGAAGCAUACAUGAUGACAUUAUGACAUACUUUAUUUUUAACUUCUUUAAGAUUUUUCAUUAAAAGUUCCUAGCUAAGACCUGGAGCCAA